GCAGACGCGGUGCCGUGCCCGGUUCAGAGACAUCCGUCCGGUGCAGCUGGAACGGCGGAAUCUGUAGGAGUCACUUCCCCUGAGACCAACAAAUGGCGUCGUCUGGGAUGGCUUCUGGCCGCGGGUGGAAUCGCCACUCUUCCGACAUUCGUCAGCACUUCCGAAUCAAUCGCCCUUUCGGAAGCCUCAUCAGAGGAAAGUAGUGCGGGGAAGUCUGAUGCCGGAGGACCAGAUGGGUCGUUCAAACCUCAGAUCGUCUUCGUCCUUGGUGGUCCUGGGAGUGGCAAGGGAACUCAAUGCGCGAAGAUUGUUGAGGAAUACGGAUUCACCCAUCUGAGCGCUGGAGAUCUUUUACGUGCUGAGAUCAAGUCUGGAUCUUCUCACGGAAACAUGAUUCAGAACAUGAUUAAGGAUGGAAAGAUUGUUCCAGCCGAGGUCACUGUUGGUCUUCUUCAGAAAGCAAUGAAGGAGACUGGGAAUAAUAAGUUCCUCAUCGAUGGGUUUCCUCGGAACAACGAUAACAGGACAGUCUUUGAAAACCAGACUGGCAUCGAUCCUGAGUUCAUUCUCUUCUUUGAUUGCCCUGAGGACGUGAUGGUCAAGCGUCUUCUUGGAAGAAACCAGGGCCGUAUUGACGAUAACAUGGAUACCAUUAAAAAGAGAUUCCGGGUUUUCUUGGACCAGAGUGUUCCAGUUGUGAAUCAUUAUGACUUGCGCGGCAAAGUGCGAAAGGUUGAUGCCACCCGUUCACCAGACGAAGUCUUCCAAGCAGUUUCUCCUCUUUUUACCAAGUUCCGUGAGGGUGAUUUGCUUGACAACACGAAGGCCUUGCUGAAUGCCAUUGACACUGGAGACUACAAGACGUACUCCAACCUCUCAGACGAACACCUUUCGGCCUUUGAGCCAGAGGCACAAGGUGGCUUGACGACGCCGCCGGGUCGCGGCGCGGAUACGAAGGCGUUUGUUAAGGAGCUUCAGGCGUUCUUCGAGUCGCGCCAUCAGGAGUUUAAGGUUCCGAAGUUCUAUGGCGUGGAAGUCGAUCUGCUGAAGCUCUGGCAAGUUGUAUGCUCUUUCGGUGGCUUUGACAAGGUGACAAGUGGUAAGCUCUGGCGCGUUGUUGGGGACCAGUUCGACCCUCCCAAGUCAUGCACAACGCUGUCCUGGUCCUUCCGGGGUUUCUACGAGAAGGCGCUACUGGAGUACGAGAAACACGUGGGCGUGGACCCCAUGCUGGAGGGCACUCUAGCCAUCACCCCACGCACGGACGGCAAGCACCACCAGGAGCAGGGGGGCAGUGGGCCACGUGGAGCCAAACGAUUGGCUGCAGCCAAGACUGGGGCAGCUGAUGGGGAUCACACGGAUACUCCCAAGGAGCGUGGCACCCCAGGAUCAGGCCCAAAGCGCCACAGACGGACCCAGGAUGGAGAAGAAACACCUGAAGGAACACCUGGGGCGGCGACCAGGGCAGCAGAUGCGCCCCGCCCCAGAGGCAGGCCCCCUGGGAGCGGGGGAGGUACACCUGGGGGAGGUGGCACCUCGGGGAGAGAGGGGGGGCGGCGGAAUGCAGGGGAAGGGGGAGCGGGACGAGGGGGAGUGGGAGGAGCGGCAGUGGGAGGAGGGGGAGUGGGGGUAGCAGGGGUGGCAGGGGGAGGGGGAGGGGUAGGAGGAGGAGUGGGGGGAGGAGGAGGUGUGGGAGCAGCAGCAAUGGAUGAUGGGGCAGUGGCAGUGGUGAACGAUUUGGGACUGCCGGCUGACUGGGUUCGAAUCAACGUCCGGCGAUCUCCGGACUGCUUUGAGAUCUACGCUCUUGUCCCAGGCCUGCUGCGGGAAGAGGUGCGCGUGCAGUGUGAGCCGGCAGGCAAGCUGGUCAUUGCAGGGGAGCCAGAGCAACCAGACAACCCAUGGGGAGUGACGCCGUUCAAGAAGGUGAUUCUGCUGCCUGCAGCCAUCAACGCAAAUCAGACGUCAGCAGUGGUAACCCUACACGGCCAGCUCUAUGUGCGAGCCCCCCUCGCCAACCCCGCCCCCUCCGCCCUCUCCCCCCAGCUGACCCCCAUCCCCGCCCCUGAGCUUCCCCCUCCGCCCCUGCCACCAAUGGGGGGAGGGCAGGGGCAGGGGGGACAGGGGCAAGGGGGACAGGGGCAGGGGCAGGGGAAUCAGGGGAAUCAAGGGCAGAUGGGGCAGGGGCAGGGGGGGCAGGUUCAGGGGCAGGGUCAGCAAGGGGUGGUGGCACAAGGAAUUUCGCACGCACAUGGGCAUGUGUAUGGGCAUGGGCAUGUUAAGCAGCAGUCUUUCACUCAGGAAACUAACAGACAGAUGAUACCCAAGGAUGAAGGUGUGGAGACCUCGCCCCUGCUACAGCAGCAGCAGCAGCAGGGUGGGAUUGAGGCAAGGGCAGGGCCACAGCAGGCACUGGUAGCAGGGCAUGCAGCAGGAAUGCAGCAGCAGACGAACCCUAACCAACUGUCACGGCACCAGCAGCAGCAGCAGCAGCAACCGGUGCAAUCUCAGGUGGAGCCAGCACAGCAGCAGAUGCAACCGCCUAGAACAGGGCGAUCAGCUGAUGUGGAUAUGAUGGGUAGGGAUGGAGACGAAGACGAUCAGCGACGCAGCGACACCAGGCGACACCAGGCGACACCAAGCGACGCGAUGGGGAUCUUUCUGGACGAGCCCAAGUUCCCGGUGAUCGAUCGCACGCCGUCGUUCGGUCGCACGGUUGGUAACUUCACGUUCAGCGACUACAAAAACGUCGCCACGUUCACCGCCGUGUCGCUACCGUUCGGCUACCUCGCAGGUGGAAGUGCCAACCUGAGGGGACCCAGCAUGUAUUGUGCCGGGAUUCUCGGGCUGAUGGGGGGAUUCAUGUACGCGUAUCAGCAGUCUUCUGGGCGGCUCAUGGGCAUGUUUCCGAACAAGUGGGAGGUGGAUCGUGAAAAGUGGAGCAACUAG